AUGGGGCAUGGAGCUUUCUCGCGACGCAGCCUCCAAGUCAAGCAACAAAGAUCAUCUCUGCUCCGCUGCACCGUCCAUGAGGACGGCCACCCCGUGUUCCUUCUGCUGGCUCUGGGACUCUCCUGCCCUGGGAUCCAGGGCCAGAGGUACCAGAUGACAGCCAGGUUUCGUGACAGCAACAUCACACACCCUGAGAUGGGACAGCGGCUGGAGCUGGAGUGUGUGACUCCUUUGGAUUACAGCAAUGUUUUCUGGUUCCACCAGGACAAGGGUGGGAUCCUUCACUUUAUUGUCUUUAUCUCUUUCUGGUCUGAGACCACAUUCGAGGGAUACCAGAAGACAUCCACAUACUUUGAGGCAAGUAAAGAAGACAAGUUCUACCGGCUGGUGGUGAAAUCUUUCACAUCACAGGACAAGGGGACCUAUUUCUGCAUCAUGAACAGCUACCAAAUGCUGUACUUCGGCCCUGGCCAGCCUGCCUUCUUCCCAGAGACCUCCGAGGACAAAGAGCUGAAUUUCUGCUGUGACAUCUUCAUCUGGGUUCUCUUGGCACUAGCCUGCCUCCUUCUCGUCAUUGCCCUGGCAGUCACCAUCAUGCUUUGUCAAC